AUGGCUCCCGACAAAAAACCCAAGAAAGAUGAUGCUAAGAAAUUCAAGAAAAUGAAGAACAAAACUAAGACCAAAAUCAAGAAGAAGAAGAGCAAGAAUGUAAGCUCAGUUCCCAUGGAUAACAGAGCAAUUGAUUCUGAAUGGUGGGAUAUUUUCUGGCGUAGGAAUUCUCCGACGCUAGGUUCAAAUGAACCCUCCAACGAGGAAGAAGGAUUCAAAAUUUUCUUUCGGGUAUCGAAGAAAACUUUUGAGUACAUCUGUUCACUUGUAAGAGAAGAUCUUAUUUCCAGACCACCUUCGGGUCUCAUCAAUAUUGAGGGAAGGCUCCUUAGUGUUGAGAAGCAAGUUGCUAUUGCGUUGAGAAGAUUGGCUUCUGGCGAAUCCCAAGUUUCCGUUGGAGCUUCGUUUGGAGUAGGACAGUCCACAGUUUCUCAGGUCACUUGGAGAUUUAUUGAGGCCAUGGAAGAACGGGCAAAGCACCAUCUCAAAUGGCCUGAUUCUAGUAAAAUGGACGAAAUCAAAUCUAAAUUUGAAGCAUUUUCGGGAUUGCCUAAUUGUUGUGGAGCCAUUGAUGCUACUCACAUCAUAAUGACCCUUCCUGCUGUUGAAACUUCAGAUGAUUGGUGUGAUCAAGAAAAAAAUUACAGCAUGUUCGUCCAAGGAGUCGUUGAUAAUGAGAUGCGAUUUCUAGAUAUUGUGACGGGUUGGCCAGGGGGCAUGCCUAUUUCCCGACUUUUAAAGUGUUCUGGAUUUCACAAACUUUGUGAAAGUGGCGAACGGUUAACUGGAAAGGUCGGGAUGCCGACUAAAGGAGAGGAGAUUCGAGAGUAUAUAGUAGAUGGUGCUAAUUUCCCUCUCCUUCCAUGGCUUAUAACUCCAUACGAAGAUAAUGAUCUUGAAAUUCCUAUGUUAGAAUUCAAUCAAAUGCUUGAAGCUGCCCGAGCUGCUGCUGUUAAGGCAUUUUCAGAACUGAAGGGUGGUUGGAGAAUCCUAAGUAAGGUUAUGUGGAGGCCUGAUAAGAGGAAACUACCUAGUAUUAUCUUGGUAUGUUGUUUGCUUCAUAAUAUUAUAAUCGACUGUGGAGACAAUUUGCAUCCAGAUGUUGUCUUGUCUGGACAUCACGACUCAGAUUAUAUAGGACAGAGCUGUAAGCACAUUGAUCCUAUAGGCAGAACUAUUAGAGAAAACAUGACCAAACACUUGCAGCAUUGCAAAGAGAAGGCUUCUUGUAUUCAUAACAUCUAG